AUGGGUCCAAAGGAAGGAAUCGCUACGGGGGGAAAGGGCAAGAGCAGCAAGGGCGGCAAAGGAAAAUCCAAGAGCAAGUCAUGGGAGGACUCUUAUUCUCCACCCAAGACCAAGGGCUACUCUUCGGGAGGGAGCAAGGGUCAGUCCUACGGCUGGGGCGGCUACGAGGAUAAAAGCUACGGUAAGUCGUCGGGCAAGGGCUGGGGUAAGUCGUCCUCCUAUGACAGCUAUGGAAGCAGCUUGGCAGUGGAACACAAGACCUUGCAGAGUUUGGCUGGUGAAAUCAGCGAGGGAAAAGCGGCGGAUCUGACAGGUUUAAUCUCCUGGGAGAUUUACAGAUUACCUGGUUUCACUUUGAUGCCUUGCUGGGUGGGGAACCGCCAACUGUCCGACCUUUCGCGGCUGUUUGGCGGCUCUAAAGGGCAACAUUUGGAGCCACUGACGAUCGUGGUCAAGCACAGCAGCGUCCGUUGCGAUCGCGUGCCCUGGACCACUGUUCCGAACGGCAUCAUGGACAAGUACCGCAAGGUGAUGAAGCCCAAGGAGGAGAUCCCCAAGUCCGACGAGGAGAUUCGCGUGACGGCAGCUGGAAGCGUCUCGGCCUACGUUUCUCGUGCGGCCACUGUUUUCAAUGAGCUCAAGAAGCCCUACGUGAUCGUGCAAGCCACUGGCAACGCACUGACCAAAGCCGUCACAGCCGCGGAGGUCAUCAAGCGUCGCUUCAAGGGUCUGCACCAAAUCACUGAGCUAAAGACAGUUGAGAUCACCGAUGAGUAUGAACCACUCGAAGAAGGAUUGGACAAGGUUACAGAUGUCCGAAACGUGUCCGUGGUGGAGAUCAAACUUUCAAAGGAGCCCCUGGACACGAUGGACAAGGGCUACCAGCCCCCUUUGGACGAGUCCAUGGUGAAAGAAUUCGACCCCGAGGACAUGGCGCGCGGAAGGGGCCGAGGCGGUGGCACCGGCAAAGGCCGUGGCAAGGGCAAGGGCCGUGGUCGUGGCUCUGCCACUGGUCGCGGGAAAGGCAAGGGCAAGGGAAAGGGCAAAGGCAAGGCCUCCGAAGCGCCAAAGGGUGGCAAGAGUGGCAAAGGAAAGGGUAAAGGCAAAGGCAAGAGCUCCAAGGGCAAGUACGACGAGGAGCCAUCCAAGGGCAAAGGAAAGAGCAAGAGCAAGGGAAAGAGCAAGGGAAAGUAUGACGACUACGAUGAGCCCAAGGGAAAAGGUAAGAGCAGCAAGGGUGGCAAGGGAAAGUCCAAGAGCAAGUCAUGGGAGGAUUCCUAUUCCCCGCCCAAGCGCCAGACUGGUUACUCAGGAGGUGGAAGGUCCUACGAUGAUUGGAAAUAUGAGGACAGGAGCUACGGCAGGUCCAAGGGCGGAAGUUGGGGCAACUCCUACGACGACUACAGAAGCAAAGGCACAGGCAAGUCCAGCAAGGGCAAAGGGAAGAGCAGCAAAGGCAGCGGCGGCGGCGGUGGCAGCUACAAUUAUUUUUACUAUUGAGGUACCACUGCGGCUGUUCUCAGGCCUGCAAGAUCUUUUGUCGAUUUCACUUCUGGACCUCGCCGCAGACCUUUAGCGAGUUGACGAGUUGACGCGCACCGAACACCAACGCGAAGUUUG